AUGAGCGGGAGAAUUCUCUCCCAUCGUCUUGUUCCGCUGUUGCGGACCGGUCUUCUGGCCCGCCAUGUUCAUAAUGCUGCGGCCAGGACCGGCGGUCUUCUUCGCUCCGAUGGCAGCGCCGCACUACGUGGACGGGCCUGGCCGGUAGGUGCAAACGCGAUUCACAAUAAUGUGCCUGCUGUGCGGGCAAUCUCCUUUCACCGGAUACUCCCUAAACUGGCUAUCAAGCUGAUACGGCUGCCGGCUAUGCUUGGGGGUGCUACGGUAGCGGGGCUAGCUUAUUUCCAGUACCAAGCCACACAGGCAGGAAAUUACGCUAUCGAUCUUUUUAAACGUGCGGGGGAAACGGCGGGAGAUGCAGCCUCGAGCUUGUUCACGGAAAUUCAGGGCAUUGCCGAACAGACACAACGCGGAUGGCAAAGAACCACGGAUGCCGUGGAACUUCCGGAAUGGUUGCAGAAUUUUAUAAACCCAAACGAAGAGUCGCAGUCCGACAAUGGUGGCCCUGGAGGUAAACGCCCGAAGGAGAGCCGUCUCGGUGCCGCGGCAGCUGGAGCUACUACUGCCGGAGCUUUCGGUUACGAUGAGUCUAAUGAGGAGGACACCCGUUCAGAAAGGAAGAUUGCGGAAGAUGACCAGAUGAUGCUUCUUACACGGAAGAUGAUCGAGAUCAGAAACAUACUGCAGACCGUCGGCCAGUCUAAUACCCUGACGCUCCCGUCAAUUGUGGUUAUUGGGUCUCAGUCUUCGGGCAAGAGCUCAGUUUUGGAAGCUAUUGUCGGACAUGAAUUCCUUCCGAAGGGCACUAACAUGGUCACCCGGCGACCGAUCGAGCUGACUCUGGUCAACACACCAAAUGCGCAAGCUGAAUAUGGAGAGUUUCCGGCUCUCGGGUUAGGGAAAAUCACCGACUUCUCUCAGAUUCAGCGGACUCUGACGGAUUUGAAUUUGGCCGUUCCAGAGAGGGACUGUGUUUCCGAUGACCCUAUCCAGCUUUCCAUCUACUCUCCUCACGUUCCUGACCUCUCUCUCAUCGACCUUCCAGGCUACAUCCAAGUUGCUGGACAUGACCAACCCCCAGAGUUGAAACAGAAGAUCUCCGAUCUCUGCGACAAGUACAUCCAAGCACCGAAUGUAAUCCUCGCCAUUUCCGCGGCAGACGUUGACCUGGCCAACUCCACUGCUCUCAGAGCCAGCCGCAGGGUAGACCCUAGAGGAGAACGGACAAUCGGUGUUAUAACGAAGAUGGACCUUGUUGACCCCGAGCGUGGUUACAACGUUCUCUCCGAUAAAAAGUACCCUCUCCGCCUGGGCUACGUCGGUGUCGUUAGCCGGAUUCCUCAAACAACAGCGCUUUUCUCCAGGGGCAGCGGAAAUAUCACUGGAGCCAUCAUGAAGAACGAACACGCCUAUUUCUCUGCUCACCCGUCGGAGUUCGGAUCACAAUCGGACGUUUCUGUCGGCGUUUCUACUUUGCGCACGAAGCUCAUGCAUGUUCUCGAGCAGACGAUGGCAUCAAGCCUAGCGGGUACUAGGGAUGCAAUCAGUCAAGAACUUGAGGAGGCAACCUAUGAGUUCAAGGUUCAGUACAACGAUCGUCCUCUGAGUGCAGAGUCUUAUCUUGCAGAGAGCUUGGACAGCUUCAAGCACUCUUUCAAGGCGUUUGCCGAAAGCUUCGGUCGCCCUCAGGUCCGUGAAAUGCUGAAGAACGAGCUUGAUCAGCGGGUAAUGGACAUCCUGGCGCAAAGAUAUUGGAAUAAGCCGAUAGAAGAUCUAUCCGCUCCGCUACCAGAAUUGGAUCCGCUCAGUGACCUUGCCAAAGCUGACCCGGAGUCACUGUACUGGCACCGCAAACUCGAUGCUUCAACAUCUUCCCUGACGAAGCUGGGAAUUGGUCGACUUGCCACCACAGUUGUCGCCAACGCGAUCCAAUCCCACGUCGAUCGCCUAAUCGCCAACUCCACAUUUGCCACGCAUCCAUAUGCUCAGAAGCAGAUCGUCGAUGCAUGCAAUAGUAUCUUGAACGACCGAUUCUUCAGCACCAGUGAUCAAGUUGAAAAUUGCAUCAAGCCGUUCAAGUUCGAGAUUGAAGUCGAGGACCCGGAAUGGGCCAAGGGAAGGGAAAAUGUCAGCAAAGUCCUCAAGGAGGAACUCAGAGCGUGCGAGACGGCCUUCAAGCGCCUUGAAGACUCCAUCGGACGGCGCAAGCUGAAGGACGUCAUGUCCUUCAUCGACAAGGUGCGGAAGGGCGAGGUAUUCCUGGAAGGCGACGGCGCUGGCGGUGCGGGUGGAUUUAGCUCCGCCUUGCUGGCCCGAGGCCGCGAGAGCGUCUUCCUCCGUGACCGAGCUGACCUAAUUAAAAUGCGGCUCCUCGCUGUUCGCUCUAAGCAAUGCUCCUCCAAAAAGAACAAAUACUACUGCCCGGAGGUCUUCCUCGACGUUGUCGCCGACAAGCUCACCUCAACGGCCGUCCUCUUCCUCAACGUUGAGCUCCUCUCCGAAUUUUACUACAACUUCCCCCGCGAGCUCGACAUGCGUCUAGGCCGCCACCUAUCCGACGCAGAAGUCGAGCGAUUCGCCCGCGAAGACCCGCGCAUCCGGAACCACCUGGACGUGAUCAGGAAGAAGGAACUUCUUGAAUUAGCCCUCCAGAAGAUCGAAAGUAUCCGUCAACUCGACGGACGCGAAAGGAAAAACAGGAACUCAGAUCGUCCUGUAGGUAACCGGGAACAGAGGAACCGUGGCUGGAAUCUGUUCUGA